GGAAGCCGGUAGUAAGCAGGAAGUGGCGACUAUGGGGAUCAGCAAGUUGUCGGAACUAAUACGGGAAGCGGCGCCCAGCGCAGUCUCCCACAAACAAAUUUGCGACUAUUCGGAAAAGAAGAUUGCCUUUGAUGCCUCUAUCGUGCUGUGCCAGUUUCGUAAGGCCUGUCCAGAUCUCCAUAAUCGCAAUGGGACACCACUCAGCCCCUUGCUUGGCAUUUUCUACCGCACUCUUUACUUCCUAGAGAAUGGUAUCAAGCCUGUCUUUAUCUUUGAUGGAUGUCCUCCUGAGCAGAAAGAGGGGCUGAUCGCAAAGCGAGCAGAAAGUGCUGGGUACAGAAUUUCCUGGCCUGGUGGAGUCUCUACUCAAGUGCAAAACUGCCAAAAGUUGCUCGAUUUACUUGGCGUUCCAUACAUUCAGGCACCCAGCGAUGGGGAGGCUAUGUGUGCCCAUUUAGUGAAAACUGGGGAGGUGGAUGCUGUCGCCUCAGAGGACAUGGACACCCUGGCAUUCGGUAGCUCACUCCUGAUCCGUCAACUGAAUGCAAAGAAAGGAAGUGAUGUCAUAGAGUACUGCUUACCAAAGCUGCUGGAGGUUCUUAAUCUUACCCAAGAGCAGUUUGUAGAUCUGUGCAUUCUUCUUGGCUGUGACUACUGUGAGAAGAUUCGCGGUCUUGGACCGAAGAAAGCAUUGACUCUCAUCCAGCAACACAAGUCCAUCGAGGAUGUUCUCCUGAAUAUCAACAGAGAGGUGCAUCCUGUACCUGUCAGCUGGAAGUACCAUGAAGCUCGAAGAAUCUUUCUGAAUCCUGAUGUGGCAACAGCAAAGCAGCAGACUUUGAACUGGAAAGAGCCAGAUGAAGAAGGGCUGGUGAAGUUCCUGGCCCAUGAGAAUUAUGUCAAAGAAGAGAGGAUCCGCAAGAGGAUGGAAGCAUUUCGGAAGAUGAAAGAAGAAAAGCUUUGCAAAGGAGAAUCAUCUGAUGAGGGAAAGUACCAGCAGUCGGCCAUUACCAGAUAUUUCAGAGUGACACGGAAGAGACAGGCAGCAGCUGACGGCGAGUUCAGUCCCAAGAAACCCGGUUAGAGGAGUUCGAUCUUCGCUUUUAAGAGGGGACCUCUGCCAAGUGGACUCCUCCUUGGCGGACAACCUCUGCUGAGAUUUCUUGGACUUCCCUGGGCCACCUGGAGGUGCAGACUGAAGGUGGACGCCAGUGUUUUCAAUUCCAAUCACUGUACAUUCCAAAAUGAUCUUAAGUUUACAUAAUGCAGAGAUAAUGAAUAAUGUUAAGCAAGAGCCUGAAGGGGGUUAAAAAAGCAAAUGUGUGCCAGGCUCGAGGCGAGGCCUGGCCGGUGAUCGAUACUCCCGUUUGAAUCAUGAUGGGGCCGUCUUUGUGUGUCCAUACAGCACAGAUUUAAACAUAAGAUGAUGAGCGAGUGAUCUGUGAGACAUGUUCAUGGUGGCAUAUUUAAGUUUUAAAAAUGGCCCUGGCCCUGCAAAAUCACUUUACGAUGCUGAAUGUGGCAGACCUGAAGAUGAAUGCGUCCCAGGUAGAUCGGUGGCAGUUUUCUUAAUUCAUUGCUGUUUAACAUUUGAAAGCAUUUGUAAUAUUUAUCAGAUUUUCUCUUUUGAGAAAGCAAGUAAAAUCAUCACCUGCUCAGUGCCAGGGUGACAGGAGAAGAGUCGCCUUAAUCUCGUGUGUUUUGUUAAUUUCGAUGUCAUAACUCGGCGCCUCACCUGUUGGUGGGAGGUAGACUGCUACUAUUUACCAGGAACCUGCAAAUAUUCAAAAAAUGAAGCCUAAUUUUACUUAUUAGAAGUUUUCUUACCAAUCAUAAGAGAGUGAUGUGCCAGUGCGGUAUUGAGAAUUGCAAGUCCAGGUCAGAUUUGUAAGCCUAACAUAACAGUGCAAGCUUUAUGGAUGGACAGAUCGACUGGCAGAUUAAGCACGGUUGCGGUUUUCCUUCUCCUUGAAUGUGUAAAGUCAGAGUGGCCUUUAGAAUUUGAGAAGUUCACAGCGGGACGGGGUGUAACUCGCCCGUGUAGAAAUGGUGCACCAAACUGAGUAUCCCGCUUUUAUUUGAACUUUGUACAAGAGCACAAAAUAAAUAUUCUUACCCGUCUUGGCUCCUCAAUGCUUUGUUCAAGCCCCCAUUUGGCUGAUUGUAGACGGUGGCAGCACCUCAUGUUGGAGGUUUAAGAUUUUGUUUGUUUGUUUAUCACCAGCAAUGCUCAGUCACUUCGUACACCGCGGUGUUUCCUCGGCACAAACACUUGAAAUGCUUCCUCGUAUUGGUAGAGUGCAAGGCGAGGGAAGACGCCAUUCUGGAGGGUAAAUGUACUGAUGACAUGGUGCCCAUCAUGUCUGUCUGUGUCUGCAUUUAAGUGCUUAAAGAAUUAGGCAGGUACAGUGUGAAGCACAUGGCUAAUUUGUUAUAUUUUGUGAACACUAGGGGGCGCACACAGCACCAGACUCCAAACACAAGUGCAGACUCCUAGUCAAGAGCUUCAAGAAAGUGACGUUUAUUUGACCGUACACAGUUCAGACUUUUCUCCACGAUGAAUCCUCCGUCUCUCCUCCACAUCAGCUUUGUCUCUCGUGUCUCGACUCCGCUCACCUGGAUGAGGCCGGGCGGCUUCUUUUACGAGAGACCCAGGAGUACUUCAGAUGUCCAAUGACUACAGCCAGCCAGCACGUCCGGGUCAGGCAGAACCUUUUCCCCAGUGUGCGCCUUUCUUACAGACCCCUCUGGUGGGACCCACACAGGGCUGCUCACCAAGACUACAUUUCCCAAGGUGCCCUGUGGGAGGUGUGCACAAGGAAAGCUGACACCUAGUGUAAUGGGGGAUUAGAGCUCCCCAAGACCAUCCUUCCCAGCCAGAACUCCUGUCCAUAUCCUCUUGAGGCCAGGAUACCAGUCCAUCCAUUUUGGCACUUAACAAUAUAUUCAUAAAAUUUGUAUUUUAGGUGAAAGGAUAAAUACAAGACUAACAUGCUGCAUAUCACCUUUUACUGUUGGGACAGUAUAUUUUAAGGGGGUUGACAUUUGUUGUGUUUAGCCCUCAGUUCCUGCUAAGCAUAGUUAUUGGGAAAAAUUAAUCUGAAGCCAACUAAAGCAAAGGGUCAGCUUUUGAUCCUCUACUGGUCUGCUCUGCUGGGCAUUUAUGGUGCUGGUUUUGGGGUCUUUAGUUUCCUCAUCCGCAGGUGAAAAUCAUUCUUGAUGGGGUUUAAAGCAGGAGUCUGAUUUGCCCAGUCCAUGACAUGAUCUUUGUGAGGAACUCCCUCGACAGGUGGGCAGAGUAUCUCAGGUCAUUGUAUUCUGAACUUCCGUCCAAUGAGCUUGGAGGCUUUGGUUUGGAUGUGACAGGACAGGAUGAUCUUUCCACUCCACAAUUCAUCUUGCUGCUGCCUCCUCCUCCUAUCAUCUGUAGUCCUCAACUUUCUCUUCACGUCAUUCUGGUAAGUCUGUCUGUACGUAACACUUUUCUCCAGAACUUUUCUGGCUCACCUUUGUAAUCUUUUUUUUUUUUUAAUUCCAGUUUGGUCUUCCUGUUCUUGGUGCAUUCGGUUGCGUAGUUUCUGCUUUUUUUCUCUUUAAUUCUACUGCGACUGGUGAAUAAGGACAUCAUCUUUGGGAAUCGUUUUUAGGUUUCUCUUCACAUCUCUAACAGUCCGGGCAGCAGCUGCUGUGGUCUUCCUUGCUCAUCUCACACUCCUUCCCCUGACUCUUCUUUCCUUCCUUUUCUAAAUAUUUCAUGGUGUUGAGUUUGGCAGGUUCAGUUGUUCUCUGAUAGCUUUGAUCCAUCUCUAUUUGAAAGUGGUCCACUUUUCUAUCAUAGUCAGGUGUGGAGACUUCAUCGUUUUGUACCUUUGUCAAUAGCAGACCCCCAUUCCCAAAUACAAACCUCAGUGAUGACAAUGGAGCAGUUAGAAUAGUCUGUCAGCCAUCUGUCUCAACUUUUUUCAUUUUUUGGGUGGAAACACAACAAAUGCAAUAAAUAUUAAUAUAUAAAAGCUGACAUUCUGUACUUGAGUCUCGUACUCUUCUUUUCACCCAAAACAUGCAUCUUAUGAAUAUUUUGAAAGAAAUGGCUGGCACUGCCUCGCUGGACCAUCCCUUUUGCUCAUCUUGGUUAUUGUAGAUGUGACUUUGGCCUUUUAAAAUCGAGCUCCCUCUCUGCUCAUGUAGUAAUCCUAAAAUGUCCUCUUGAAUGACCAGCUGCCAAUAAACCUGGAGAUCUGCACCAGUUCUACAGAUGGUGGUGAAAAUAAAUGAGAGGCCUUACUGAGCAGAGGGGUGAGCACGUUUACCGUGAGUAAGUCGGACACACAAAAAACAACAACAAUGCAGGACUCCCAAA